AUGGCAAACACAGUCGCGUUGCUCUGGACUGCCCUCGCGGCAGUAGUGCCGAACGUACUGGCACAGGCAAACACUUCCUAUGUCGAUUACAACACCGAGCCACAGCCUAGUCUCGAUAGGCAAACGCUUUCAAAGGUUCACUAUGAGUUCCCCGAUUGCGCAGCGGCGCCUUUGAACACGAGCCUCGUGUGCGACUCCUCGGCUCACCCUCAUGACCGAGCUGCUGCCUUGGUCGCCAUGAUGACCCUGGACGAGCUCAUCCAAAGCACUGGCAACACAAUUUACGCUAUUCCACGCCUGGGUCUACCAGCCUACAACGUCUGGCAGGAGGCUCUUCAUGGAUUGGACCGUGCCAACUUCACCAAGUCGGGUGACUGGAGCUGGGCAACGUCCUUCCCCUCUCCGAUUCUUACCAUGUCAGCUCUCAAUCGCACAUUGAUCAACCAGAUUGGUGAUAUUAUUUCCACUCAGGGCCGAGCUUUCAACAACGUUGGGCGCUACGGACUGGACGUCUACGCUCCCAACAUCAAUUCCUUCCGCCACCCGGUCUGGGGUCGCGGUCAGGAGACACCGGGCGAGGAUGCUUACUGUCUGUGCUCUGCCUAUGCAUACGAGUACAUCACCGGCGUUCAAGGAGGCCUGGAUCCGGAGCAUCUCAAAUUGGUUGCCAAUGCCAAGCACUUUGCAGGGUACGACAUUGAGAACUGGAACAACCACUCCCGAUUGGGUAACGACUUGAACAUCACCCAGCAAGACCUAGCUGAGUACUAUACCCCUCAAUUCGUCACCGCCGUGCGUGACGCCAGGGUGCACAGUGUCAUGUCUUCCUACAAUGCCGUGAACGGCGUGCCAAGCAGUUCAAACUCCUUUUUCCUUCAGACUCUGCUUCGCGACACCUGGAACUUUGUUGAGGACGGGUACGUCUCCUCCGACUGCGGUGCUGUCUACGGUGUAUUCAACCCACACGAGUACGCGGCCAACGUGUCUGGUGCCGCAGCCGACUCGAUGAGAGCCGGCGUGGACAUCAACUGCGGAACCACCUACCAGAAUCAUCUCAAUGAGUCCUUCUAUCACGGCGAGAUCUCCCGCAGCGAGAUUGAGCGGGGAGUCAUCAGACUCUACUCCAAUCUUGUCAGCCUUGGAUACUUUGACGGCAUGGAUAGCCCAUACCGCAACCUGACCUGGUCCGACGUUGUCAAGACGGAUGCCUGGAACAUUUCGUACGAGGCUGCGGUCGAGAGUAUUGUCCUUCUCAAGAAUGAUGGAACCCUUCCUCUUCCCAAGAAGGUGAAGAGCGUUGCUCUGAUUGGACCCUGGGCCGAUGCCACCACACAGAUGCAAGGCAAUUACUUCGGCGCAGCGCCAUACCUUACAAGUCCACUCCAAGCGCUCAAAGCGUCAGACCUGACCGUUCACUAUGCUCUUGGUACCAACAUCUCUUCGCACUCCACCAGCGGGUUUGCCGAGGCCAUGGAUGCGGCCAAAAACUCCGAUGCCAUCGUCUUUGCCGGUGGUAUCGACAACACCAUCGAAGCGGAGGGUAUGGAUCGACAGAACAUCACCUGGCCGGGCAACCAGCUGGAACUCAUCAAGAAGCUGAGUGAGCUCAAAAAGCCCCUCGUGGUUCUCCAGAUGGGUGGUGGUCAGGUGGAUUCCUCCGCCCUGAAGAACAACAAGAAUGUGAACGCACUAGUCUGGGGUGGUUACCCUGGUCAAUCUGGCGGCAAUGCCAUCUUGGACAUUCUCACCGGAAAGCGUGCCCCAGCCGGUCGCUUGACCACUACGCAAUACCCUGCCGAAUACGCGGAAAAAUUCCCCGCGACGGAUAUGAACUUGCGCCCAUCCGGUGAGAAUCCAGGACAGACAUAUAUGUGGUACACUGGUACACCUGUGUACCCAUUCGGCCACGGACUGUUCUACACUACGUUUGAGGCAUCCCUGGGCCACAGCCAGCGGAGGGAGAGCAAGGCCUCCUUCAACAUUGUCGACCUUUUGUCUCAAUCCCACGAGGGCUACAAUGUGAUCGAGCAGGUUCCAUUCCUCAAUUACACCGUCGAUGUCAAGAAUACCGGCAAAGUCGCGUCGGAUUACACAGCUAUGCUGUUCCUCAACACCACCGCCGGUCCUGCCCCACACCCGCACAAGUGGUUGGUUGGAUUUGACCGGCUGGGAUCGAUCAAGCCACAAAAGUCCUCUAAAAUGAUGAUUCCCGUCACUCUCGACGAUGUGGCUCGAACCGAUGAAGUUGGCAACCGCAUCGUCUACCCGGGCAAGUAUGAAUUGGCUCUGAACAACGAGCGCUCGGCUGUCAUGUCUUUCACCUUGACUGGCAACGCGACCACUAUUUCCAAAUGGCCGCUGGAAAAGCAGCUCAUUCCUCCUGCGGAGUAA